CCGUCAACUUAAACACCAGUUCUUGGCAAACAGCCUUUCCUUGCCCUUCUUGGUAUCUUCAAAAAAAAAAAAAAAUAAUGGGGGUGGAAAAGCAAGCCAAGAACACCAGUUGUUGUCCUCCAGUUUUUAGACUUUGGGUCUGUGGCAGAGCAGAGGCGCAGAUGCACCAGCCUGCAACUAUUCCAUUAUAUAAACAGCUGGAUCAAGGCAUACAGGUGAACUGCCGUGGAGGUGCCUUACUCUUUGUAUUGACCAUAAAGGGAACAUAAAAGACUGUUUGGAGAAAACAUGCUGGCUUACUGGGAGAUCUUAAUCGUCGGUGCACUAGUAUUGAACUUUCAAGGUUACAGCUAGGCAGAGAUCGACAGUAUUAAAACAACCCUGUUGCUCUGCAGUUUAACAAAAAACAGACUAACCUUGCUAAUGCAUAUAUACUCCCUCCUCUGUCAUGGAGAGCAAGGCGGCUCCUUAAACUGAUGGUCUCAGUGGCUUCAGUUGAACCUGCAGGGAAAGAAUCCUGUCCGUAGCAUUUUUCAGCAAUGAGUUAAAUACUUCUGAGCCAUCUUUGCUUACCUUCGGGUUGAAAAACUGAACGGAAAGGCAGGAGAGCUGGGAUCUUCCUGUGCGCUUGUCUAUCUACAUGUGGGGAUAAGCUGCAAGGCCAAGAGCAGGCAGUUUCCUUGUCAGUACCAGAAAUGGUACAAAUGAUUGUGCAAAGCUACAGGAGGUCCCUGCAAGAGUUUUCAGGAAGUCCAGUUAUAUCAAGAUGCAAGAGUCUCAGCUCUUCCCACUUGCUCACUAGUGCUCCCCAGAGCAUUACUGAAUGACUGGUGCUCUGGGAAAAGGAUCCAGUGGACAUUCUGCUUGAUUUGGGGUUUGGUACAGAAGAGCCUGAUGUCUGCACUAAAAUCCCUCCUCGGUUCCUCAGUGGUGCUUCUGUAGCAAAAGGAAUCAACAUCCGAGUCUUUUUGGAAGCUCAGAAGCAGCGGAGGGACAUUGAGAGGCCAAACCUAUAUGAAUGUUUUCGACAGCUGGAAGUACUUGACCAUGUAAGCAGUGCCCUCUCAUCUUUGCUGACCGAUGUCAACACCCAACAGACCAAAGCACAGAAUGCCGGCGGGGAUGAGACUGCUCUCCUGGAUGCUACAAAGAGCAGACCUGUGGUCACACGAGCGAAGCGGAGAAGAAUAGGUCAGCUCCUGAAAAGAGCUUCUUGGCAGACCACGCUGCUGAAACAGGGCUCACUGGCACCUGGGGAAGCCAACUCGCCCAGCAGGAAAGAGCAACCCUGUUCUUGUGCAGAUAUUGCUGAGAGGGCAACAGUCCAGGUUCAGAGUUUUGAGGAUGAAACUCUAUGUGGAAAUGCUCCUGACACCACUUCAGAUGAGUCAGAGGUGAUGGUGACAAGAACAAGCAGGUGCCAGUCAGACAGCAGUGGGUUCAUGGAGGACCUGCCAGAACCUGUAGUCUUGCAAGUAAGAACUUUGUCCAGAAAGAUUAAUUUUAUUUCUGAUAUCCACAAUCAAGAAACAGGUCUGUCACAUAGGGCAGUUUUUCCUAUGUUAAAUCAAGAUUUUCAACAAAAGCCAGAUGAUUGUGUUGCUAAUAUCUUCAUCACAACUUGCAAGAGCAUUUUGACAGUACCUAAAUCAACAAAAGCAUGUAGUGACCAGGGAGAAGAGACUCUUCUGCUGCUGACUGCAGAAAAUGGCAAGUAUCAGGCAUGUAAUGCUGAGCCACAGAGUUUUGUCCAAGAAGUGUUACAUGACAUGGACAAGAAAGAGGAUAAAAUUGAAAGAAAGCAACUGGAAAAAGAGAGGUGCAUAAAAGAGCAUAAUCCUUGUUUUCAGGGUGAUACUCAGGAUGGAAAUGAUCCUAGCUCCUCCAGAUUUGAUUGUCAUUUAUAUUUUAGUACAGGACACAAAAAGAUGAGUGAAACCUUCACUGAACUGAGUGAUAUAAACCCUGCAGUCAUCAGUAAGAGCAAAAUCAGAGGUGAAGAUGAAGGUGAGAGGUGCUGGACUGAAAAGGACAUUGUAGUUGCAUGUCAUGAAAGUGCCUGUGGAGGUUGUACAGGAAAUGUUAAAGGGCUGUGGUGGGGCGCGGAAGUGGUCAGCAAAGAUGGUACCCCGCUUGCAGUGAAUGAGGUGAAAAAUGGGCAGAAGUUCUGCAAAAUGGAUGGUGAUUCGAAAAAUACAAGAUGCUCCCCCAAAAUGGGGCUCCCAGAAACUCCGCAGUGGGGCUCAGCAGCGCAAAGUGGGAGCAGUGCAGCUUCAAGCUGUUCUCUGCAAGUAUCUCGGAGGCAUCCCUCCUGCCUAGUGGAGGGGCCCGGAUUAAGUUCAUCUGAAGAUCAGGAGACUGGUAGCAUAGAGGAGAUGUUAUGUGCUAACAAAUCAGAACAGGGAGACGCUGUCCAAAACAGUGAAAUGGCUUCUGCUCCUCUGAAAUCUGUUACUGUUCAGAUGUCUUCAGGGCUGGAAUUUACUUCAAGAGCGAAGGGCACAGGGCAAAAUGCUCCUCUCAGUGAAAGCCUUGCCAGGGAAGAUCCUGUGGACUUCUCUGGUGUGUUAGUGCAUUGUUCUGAGCGUAGUCCUGUCAUAUGGUCAGAUCCAGGGGCUUCAAACGAUGGCGUGAAGCAGACCGCUGAAGCUUCCAGCCAAACUGACAUUCCCGCCAGGAAACCCAGGCGGCCACCACUGCUUUGUCCACCCCGUACUCACCUGACAAAAUCAGCCUCUCUUGACAGCAUGCUUUGUGGCAAAUACAGGUCACACUACUGGGGUGAAGCCUCUGGUGCCGGGGGUGCGCAAGGCAGUCACUGCUGCCAUGGCUGCUGCCCUUGGACCUUCCCCGUGGCUGUCUCUCCCCAACGCCCUGUGGGCUGCUGCUCAAACCGUGUCGCCACUGAGCUGCAGCUCUUGAAAAUGCUGAUGCUCCUACAGGACACUGCAAUGCGUAAUCUUGCUCCAUGUACCCUCCAUGAAAUAGAAGCAAUGAAGAGCUCCUGCCAGCACUUCCAGGAGAAGUUGGAUGAGAUUGAACAGCAACUGACCGAACAGCAGGCGCUGUUUUCCGGGGCUAUGCCAGAUGAAGGAAGAUAAUGGGAGGAAGGCAGACACCUGCAACUCUUAAGGCGAGCUGUUCGUCAGGAGGUUGCAGAGCUGGAAUUUCGGCUGAACGAUUGAGCUUGCCAGGUCAGGGAGAGCAUCCUUAUGCAGCUGGACCAAUUACUAGCAGAACAAUCCCAUCUGUUUUCUGAGCUCGGACUCUCUGAUUGGAAGAGAGAAAGAAAAGCCCAGAAUAAACAAGCAUUUCCAGAUGCUGCUGCUGCACAUCCUCGAAGUGGGUGCUCAAAAAUGGUGCUCCAGAGAGCUCCUAGCAAAAACAUGACAGCAACAGGCUCGCUCUCUGCCCCACAGCCAGGGGGACCCCCAACACAGUUUCCUACCAGGACAACACCUGAGCUGAAUUCAGCCGAGUCUGCCCCACAGGAGGUCUCCACCAGUAAAAAGGAAAUAAAAGGACCUCCCCAAGCAAAAAUGGACUUUAAGGCAUUUAUACACAAUUUGAAGAAAUCUUUCCAAAAUUCUUUAGGUAAUGAUUCAGCAGAAGGAAAAGACUGACAGAGGACAGACUUAUGGAUUUUGAUUUUAAUAAUUGUGGCCUUUUCCCUGAAAUGCAUGGUAUAUCACAGAAACAAAUUAAGAAAACAUUGCAUUAUAGCAAGUUCUGAUCCCAGCAGUUUGAUUUGCAAUGAGAUGACUGGCCAGAAAAGCAGGCAUUUUUUAAAGGAUGUUUAGAAGAGAGGCACUAUGUAUUUUGCUCUUCUGUGAUUGCAGAACCUACUACACUCCUAUUAACAAUCUCAUGGGAUAGGGCUGUUCUUUGCAAAGUCAUUUAAAAGGAAAAGGAGAGGGCUUAUUUUUGAGAAUAACUUGCAGACAGCCCAGGAGAUACCACUAGAAGGUAUUCUCCUUAUAGCCAGUUAUUUUAACACAGUCCUUCAGCCAAUAUUAAUCCUCAAGCCCAAACUACCUUGUAUAGUCCUAGCCACAUUCUAGAUCUUAACUUGCUACUAACUUGCCUCUGACUAAUUUUGUGAGGCUUGUAUCUACUGUCAGUAUCAAAUCAGAGGCUCACUGAUGGUGCAUAAAAUGUUAAACACCUGCUCUUUCAAACUAUUACAGUGGAUAGUCUCCUGGCUGUCCUCUUUCCUUUUCAUAUUUGUUUCAUAUAAAUCCAAUUAAAACCAAAAUGAGAUGAGAAACAUAGGAUUUUCUACAUUAUAAGCCUUGAAUCAGAAUCCUGGUUCAGUUUUCUGGGGAUUGCGUAGAGCCUGGAUUAAUGCAGAAAAAGCUGUAAGAAAAGACGUCUCAGGUUUGGAUCACAGCAAAGAAAUUCAACUGGUUCAUUUUCAAAGCAGUGCAGUCUGUACUACUGCUUUCAAUUUAGCACUUCCCAGAAUGUGAGAUGUCCUACUGGCUUGUUUGUUUAAUGCUCUGGAGGGAUCUUAGGUGUCAUUUAGGCUUUGGUGUUGCAAAUCACAGCUCUGCAAAGGUGCAAAUAGAAGUAGCAUUUGCACAUGUUUAAGGAGAAAAUGGAGUCAAACAUGCUGAGCAGCCUCGAGGCUCCCUGCACCUCUACGUUUCCACAGAUGUUCAGGGUAAUAAAAUGAUUGGGGGGAGAGAGGUACAUAACAUAGGAACUGACAAGAUCCUCCACAGCCCGCUGGGCCAUGAAUUUUACUGGUUGAAAUUUGCCCCUUUCUUGAGACCCCGCAUGGGAUUUGUACACCACUUUCACACUAUCAAUUGUUUAAGAGUUUAUACUAAGAGUUUAGAGUUAUCAAGAUUUGUGAUUGUGACAGUAUCUUCAGGCAGCAUGCAAACAGGACCAAAACAUCCUUCACCUAAGUCUUGGUGGAACAAGCAAUAAAUUUGACUUAGUAUUUUCUCUC